UAUUUCACCGGUGGUCACCGUAUUGUGCCGUGUGUUCUACCUGGUUGCCAGUGCGGUAACCUGUGUUCAACUGUGUUCCCAGGUGUCUGUUCAGCCCUUCAUCAAUACUAUUUUGUCGAUAAGAGCCUGACCUGGAGCGACGCCCAGAGCCACUGCAGGCAGUACGGUGGUGAUCUGGCCACCGUACACGGCCCGGAGAACCAGACGAGGCUGGUGGAAGUAGCUCGCAAGUACAACUCCGAUGUCUGGAUAGGGCUGUACGACGAUGUUGAAUCCUGGACAUGGUCGCUGUCGGAGAACGCUAAUUAUAGCGGCGGAGAGGUGGAGCCCUGGAGCUGGCCCUGGAGGGGACACGAGCCAAACAACUGGGAAGCCAGGCAAGGAUGCAUCGCAAUAAACAGGACAACCUGGCUCGAUGCCAAUUGUAAUAAUCAAUAUUCCUUCUCUUGCUUCGACAACGACACAAAAGAUGUUGCGCUCAGUGAUUCCGGUUUCGUCUACAUCAACGAAAAGAAGAGUUGGUGGGAUGCCCAGUCGUACUGCCGUGAACACCACACAGACCUGCCCAGCAUAAGGAACAUUGAGGAGAAUGAAAUGUUCUCAAAAAUGAAUGCUCCCAUACAAAUUAAGUGGAUCGGACUGCACCGGAACCUUUGGAGUACGUGGUCGGAUGGGAGCGACACCUCCUACAGAGACUGGAAGGCCGGAAUGCCCAAAAACUCUCAUAGGACCAUGACUAACUGCGCUUUGGCUCAAACCGACUACGGUUGGCAAUGGAGCGAUUAUCCCUGUCAAAACAAGUACAAAUUCAUUUGUAGCGUGGUUCCAGCCAUGAAGAAGUCGUUCAGAAUAAAGUUCCACUCGGCAGACAUCGACCCCAAUGACCCUGAAUUGAGCGAGGCGAUCCUGAAACAGUUGCACGGGAAGCUGAAGGAGAAGAUGGUGAACGAAGACCUCAAUCUGACUUGGACGAAGGCCCCAGACGGAGAGAUCUUCCACAACACCCGCAAAGACGAGAAACAACAACAUCCUGAAGUUGCAGAUGCAAGAUGUCCUCUAAAGGUUGAUUAGCCUAGCUUUGAGGAUAUCAGUGUGUUAGCACCUUGUUCUACAGCAACCUCUUCAACUAACCCACUGGUUCCCACCCUAUUUUGCCCCAUGACCUGACUUUAGGGUUGUUUUAACCAUCAUCGGCCCAAAAUAUCGAUGUCCCAGGUAAGGGACCUGCACGUAGCCUAGCUUACUUGUGUCUAUGAAGACAGGUCUUUUGGGACCUGUGUGAGACCUCUACAUUUUUAUCAUGAGUUUUGCAAUAUAAAAUCAUUGUAUAACUCUUGCUUAUAAAUCAGCAAUGACCCCCGACCACAUAUGUGGCCCACACAAGUGGGGUCCCGACCCAUAGGUUGGGAACAAUUUAACUCCCUUUACUAUACUAUACUAUACUAUACUACUUAGCAUGGCGUUACGUAGGUCUGAAAACUAGAAAUUACAGAGAAAACUCCUGAUACAGCUGACACAGCUCUAGAAUAGCCCAGUUUUAUAUUAUUAAUAAACAAUGAUAUAGUGAGCUGGAUUGGACCCAAACAAUCAAAUGUGUCCAAUCUGAUCAUAUGUAAUAAUCUCUCUGUCUCCACAAUGUUUGAUACUGGCGGCCAUGCAAAGUCUUCCUUUGACUCAAACUGCACGUUCCAAGAUACCCCUCCCUUCCUCCCCCUGUCUCGUCUGUCUCAGCGUUAGUUGGACUAUGGAGGAGGACUUGGUAUUGAUUUGCCCGUAACCGAACGUCAAAACCUGAUGCAAACAAAGAUAUUGGCCCGUACAGCCAAGAGGUUGAAAUGCAAUUCAAAAUCCAAUUCAAUCCAAUGAAUAUAGUUUAGUAGAACAUUAUUUAAGAUACAAUAUAUAUUCAUGGUGAAGGAUAGUGUAGGGGUUAGGGUGUUGGACUCUCAUCUGAAGGGUUCUUGGUUCAACAUCCACAGUUCUACUGAAGGACUCCUGGAUCAAGAUGCUCCCCAACCUCUACCUCAUGAUAUGUAAGCGAAUGAACUCACUGUAAGUGAAUGUUUCAUGUGAUAGUAAAUGUGUAGUUAAUUAUUCAUAAAACAGAUAGUACCGGUCCUUGAUUCUGGUUGACAUGUAGCAGUUCAAAUGCUCUGUAAACAUAGACCUGUGACCGCAUAACAAUUAAUUUUAGAUUGAAUGCACAGCCAAUCUUCAGGUAAGCUAGCCUGUGUUGCUCGGCAACCAUAUGCUGUCUGAGGAACUAUAAAGCUGUGCGGAAGAACAAGUCUGUUUUGUUUUCAAUUAUUGUUCACCUUUUAUGUUGCUGUGCUUAUUUGGUUAAAUCUCACAAAGUAGUAACUGUUUUACUAGCCAUUUAAUAAAGGCA